UUAAACUUUAAAAUCAUUCUCUCCACUCUGGUGGAUAAUAUGUAAAAGGUCUGAAAAUUCUCAUUUCAUCGUCUUCCAUGGAUACUCUCUCAGCAUCCGUUUCAUCUUUCAACCUCCCUUCUCUCCCUCCACAACCGCUUAGAUCCACCUCUCGCCGCUUUAAAGCCACCGUUAACGCAACCGCUUCUGCUGCGUCAUCUACUACCAGUAAUCUUUCAAGACCUACACCAUCUUCAUACUCCCACAACAAAAGCCCUAAUUUCUCCAGUGGAAUCUCGUUAUCGCUUCCGCACGCUAAACCCUCGAGAGCUCCACCGCGUGCGUCUCCUUCGGUGCACGAGAAAGCGGCGUCGGGAUUUGCGGCGGCGCUCGUUAGCGUUUGUCAAUCGAAGAAUUGUCUUGGUCGGACUCAAGAAGAUGUCAGAAGAUUGAUGGAGUUUCUUGUGGGAGAAGAGAAGAAGAGGAAGGACAAGGUCUUAGUCAAUGACUUUGUUGAGAGAGGUAAAUUUGGUAAACACUUGAAGGGCUUGGUCAAGAUGUUGAUUUCAAGAGGUAAAACAGGGAUUUUGUUUGAUGUUUUAAUGGAAUUUGAGAGUAUCUGUAAUGAAUUGGUUGUUGUUGGUCCAACACAACUUGUCUGGGUUACUUGAAGAAACAACUAAAAGAUUGUAAAGAGAUUAUUACAUCAAAUCCAGAGUGUGCUUUAAAUGGAAUUUGAGAGAAUCUGUAAUGAAUUGUUUGUCAUGGUUUCUUGAUGAAACAAAAGAUUGUAAAGAGAUUAUAAUCAAAUCCAAAGUUUGCUCUC